AACGUAUUGGCGAAUGAUCGAAUUUUAAUUUUAAUUUUCGUUUAGGAGUUGUCAUCGAGUUGUUGUUUAGUACAGAUUUAUUUUUGAAUGAUCGAAAUUGCGGUGGAAUUAAGUGGCGUAAUUUAUAUAGUACGAACAAUUUUACAUUUUUUCUGUGUACGGUGUAUGCAAUACAAUUCCCAACGAUGUGAUAAGGUUAAGUUGGUUUAAAAACAACGAAUAUGAUCUUUACGAACGUUACUGGAUUGCUCUCUAGGUACCUAUAUCGUAGAGCUCAACGUUGUUUAAAAAACGACCAUACGAUUUGGACACCAACAGAAACGCAAAAUGAAAUUAAAAAUGAGAAGCACAUUGUCUGGCUUGAUAUGGAGAUGACAGGACUAGAGGUGGAAACAUGUCAUAUCUUGGAAGUUGCAUGCUUCAUAACUGAUGAACAAUUAGAGCUUGCAAGUGAUUAUUUAAAUCUCGUUGUACAUCAACCAAAUAAAGUUUUAGAGAAUAUGUCUGAUUGGUGUAAAGUACAACACAAAAAUAACGGCUUAAUCGAUGAAUGUCGACUGAGUAAUACUACAUUGGAGGAAGCACAACAAAGGACAUUGAAUUUUUUGGAAAAUCAUAUCCCGAAAGGAAUUUGCCCAUUGGCUGGAAACUCAGUUUAUAUGGAUCGUAUAUUCCUGAAGAAGUAUAUGCCGUUGGUCGAUAAUUAUUUACACUACAGGAUUAUUGAUAUUAGCACAAUUAAAGAUUUGGCUAGGUAA